CGCCCCGGAACCGCGGCGGGUUCCGCCGAUGGCGCCGGGCCCCGGGGCGCUGCCGGUGCCGCUGCUGGUGGCGGCGGCCCGGGAGGCGCAGGGGCCCGGCCGGAGGCGGCGGCUGCCCGCGGCCCGAGCGCUGCAGGCGGCCGGGGAGGUGCUGGCCGUGGCGGCCGGGCUGAAGCCGGCGCUGUUGUGGGACUGCGGGCCCGCGGGCCCGGCCGAGCUGCGGCGCUACCUGGGCCGGCUGCGGGAGGCCGGGCUGGCCGCGGGCCGCCUGCACGUGCUGGCCGUGGGCGGCUCGGCGCUGCUGCUGCGGCCGGGCCCGGCCCGCCGCCGCCUCCGGGCCGCGCUCCGCGCCCGCCCCGCGCCGCUCGUGGAGGUGUCGGCGGCGCGGCGGGGCCCGGCGCUCUGCGGCCCGGCCGAGGCCCAGGCCGUGCGCCGCCACCUCGCCGCCCUGCUGGGCCACCUGCGGGACGCCGAGGCCGCCGGCGCCGAGCCGGUGACCGCCAGCGAGGUCGUCCCCAGCGGCUGGAACCUGUGCACCGUGGCCGGGGUGCUGCUGGGCUACCCCGCCGUGUACACCUUCGCCGAGGGCGCCGAGAACUGCCUGGCGCUCACCCCGCUGAGGGUGUUCACGGCCCGGGCCUCCUGCCCCCGCAUCAAGGAUGGGCUCGUGGUCCAGAUCUACUCCUUCAGCGUCCCGGAGAGCCUCUGCGCCGAGCUCGGGGACGUGCUGGAUGCCUGGCGCCAGGAGCUCAAGGAGGCUUUCAGUGCUCAGAGCGAUUUUGUAGAUCUCCGCAUUUCCAGCGAGGUCGUGUCUCUUCCAGCGGUUGCCUUGUAAAACACGAGCGUACUCAGACUGUUUAGCCUUCCUCCCUGCAUCGGGGAGCAAGGCAGAAGAUCCAGUUCCCUGUGUGUGUUGUCCCCUGCAUCUCUCGUGGUCCUUGAGCACUGAAGGCUGAAUUGUGACCGUCACCGCAGGCCGGUGGCAAAACCAAAUACAUUUUCUUUAAAAAAAACCGAGUUUGCUCCCAGAGGCUCUGCUGCCUUGGUCCUGCCUACCUGCACAUUGCACCAUGCAAAGUCAGUGUGUAUUUGCAGUGGGCAGCUGAAGAUGAAUAAACGAUUUGAAUACCA